CCUAUCAGUCAAACGAAGAAGAAGAGUUGACGCGGUGUGAUAUUUGUUUAUAUAGCGAUUUAACAGCUACUAUUUAUUGUACCAACACAAAACAUCAUGCCCAUUUUAGUAAAGACACAUAACUCUAACAAAGGCGAUUGGGCCAUUAUAGAGCUGCAAGGUGAUUUGGAAGUUAGGAGCAACCAGAAUAUGCAUGACCAGUUUAUAGGUGAUCUCUACUACAAUAAAUAUGGCCAACCAAUACUCAUCAUAGGCCAUCACAUUCUUCAGGGUCGUGAACAAAAGCUGGAUAAACCAUUUGCUGUGCUGGAAAAAUCCAAGACCAAUGAUGGAGAACGACUUCUGGAUACGAGUAUGGCCUCCCAGGAUGUUAGUAUGCUGAAUGCCACUACUGGAGCAGAGCGCACAGUGCUGGAUCACACAAUUGCUCAGGAGCACAAGAGUCGCCAGAGGACCGAGUAUACAGUCCGCGCUGUUUGUACCAAAAAAUUAAUAUUCAAAUCGCGACCCAAACCAAUUAUAGCCAAUGUGGCAAAGUCCGUUUAAAUGUGUUUUAAAAUAUAGUUGUAUUCCAUUUUA